AUGGUAUGUUUUUUUUCUCAUUAAAGAGACCUCAAACCGAUCGGAUUGUGGUUUUACCUCAGAUCCCGAAAAUUCAGACUUAUAAGAAUUGAGUGAUCUUAGUCGUAUCUUAAUAAAGAAUGAAUCUUAUCUUACAAUUUUACAAACAUUUUUUCAGGUCUUGUAUAAAACUGUUUUUGUUUCUGAAAUACUUGUUUUCAGUUCGGUUGGAUACACGAAAGCUUUCGUCAACUCGUUACUCGCAAGUAUGGAAAGGAUAUUUGGCAGAAAAUUGUGUAAGUGGAUUAAAGUUAUUUUCUCUUUUUUUUAACUUUUUUUGUUGAUUAAACUGUAGCUAUACAACGAAUUUGGUUUUUAUUAUACUUUUUUGUUGUAGCGAGCUGGCAAAGUUUGAGCUCGGCACGGAGAAUGAAAUCGCGCAUUAUUACAACGAUGACGAGACAAUGAGGAUCGUCAACGCUAUGGCCAAUGUCAUCGGUUUGUCUGACUUUCCUAGAAGACAAAAAAUACUCGUAGUGAUAGUUCUUACUUUGGUCUUUAAGGAAUACCUAUCGAAGAAAUUUGGGAAGCGUAUGGCGGGUUUCUCAUUCAGUUCACAAUGGAAACGGGUUGGGACGAAUUGCUCCGAGCGAUGGCCCCCGAUCUUGAGGUAUUCUUUGAACUCAUAUAAUCUCUCCAAUAACAGGAACUACUGCUGACUUUUUGUUUCAAGGGGUUCUUGGACUCUCUCGAUUCUUUGCACUAUUUUAUCGACCACGUCGUGUACAAGACGAAACUGCGCGGUCCUUCCUUCCGAUGUGACGUCCAACCCGACGGAACCCUUCUUCUCCACUACUACUCCAAGAGAAGCGGUCUCUACCCGAUCGUCAAAGGUAACGAAAAGCUCAGUCUUCAAUCAUAUUUUACUCUUCUAGGCGUGGUCCGUGAGGUGGCAAGGCGAAUUUACGACACGGAAGUCGUCAUGAAAGUUCAGGAAAGAAAGCAGGAGCAUCUCGGUUUUUCCUGUCCUUCUCCUUUUGCGAAAUUUCGCGGAUUCAGAUGCUUUUGUGACCGAACACGUCGUUUUUGUGAUCAGCCAGAUCGAGAACGGCAACAGCGCGAUUCAGAAGUCGAUAUCCUCCAAGAGCGACUCCCAGAUCGAUCUUUCGGCAGUAAAACAUUUCACACAGGCGUGGCAAGACUGUUUGGCUAUAUUCCAGGGGAUAUACGAAAUGUCGUCUUCGGACUUUUCGACGGCUUUUCCCUACCACAUCUGCUUCGACCGCGACCUCUACCUCGAGCACUACGGAAGCUUCAUCAAAGUCAGCUUUAUCCUAUAUAUUGACAAGGCAACUUAAAAAGCCAGUCGAAUCAGGGUCACGGGUGAAAUCGAGUCUAAUCAAUAUCCGAAUGGAAACUUUUCAUUUUCUUUCUCACAUACCCAUGACGAAAACCAAAUGAAUUGAGAAGUGAAAGUUAUAUUUUGUUUCCAGAAAUCUUACCCGAAUGCCGUUCGACAGGAGACCAAGGUCACUGACAUCAUGGAACUCGUUCAUCCCGAGGUUGUCUUAUAAACUCAUAAAAGAGCCUCAAAAAUAAUUUUAGGUGCCAUUUUCUUACGAUUCUAUCAAGUACUUCAAGAACAGUUUAUUCGUGUUCAGGCUCAAGGUUUGCAAUUUCAGAAUUAGAAAGAACUGAGUCACUUUUUUAAACUUUCAAUUGAUUUUUGUUUCCAGGGAAUAGGUGAUAUUGUGCACGCCAACAAGGAGGAAAUGAAGUCGGUUCUGCUCAAAGGUUUGAAAAUCUGAUUGAAUAAUUCAUCUCCUGUCAAGGAUCCAUGGUUUUCAUCGACGACGGAAAAUACAUCCUCUAUCUGUGCUCAGUUAACGUCACAACGGUUCAAAUCGAUAUUUUCUCUUUUCAAAGAGAGAAAAAUAUCUUUCAGGUCAGAGAGCUGAUCGAGAGGAAUUUGCACCUUUCGGAUAUGCAGAGACACGACGGAACUCGCGAUUUGAUCAUGUUGAAUCAGAGCAGAAUGAGCCAAGUCGAACUGAAGUCAGUGGAGAUAGAAACAAGCUCGAUUUUUAAGAAUUUUCUCAUAAGUCGUAUCUUUUGAACUAGAAGUUUGUGCAGGUAGCCAUUGCCGAGCCUCAAAGUAAUAUGACUCUCCUUGUAAGAAGAAAGCUUUCAAAGCAGGAAUUCGGGAAAGUUGAAACUUUUCGCCACCAAGAAGUUUUUUGACCGAUUUUGAAGGAAGUCUGAAUUUUCUGAUAAAAUGAGCUUUUCUUUCAAAAGUUUAUUUUCAACUCUCAACUGGCUAUAAAUAUUUGCGUCAUGCAAGCUUUGCAAAAGAGUACAUUUUUUGGUAAUGGCCUAUAUAAUGAAAAAGUUUUUUGAUAAAUGGGGAAAAUGUUGAUUUCCAGCCGAACUCUUGAAGAGACGACGAAAAAGCUGAAGAAGAUGGCGGCGGAGCUGGAGGUUGAGAAGCAGAAGACGGACGAGCUGCUCUGCGAGCUGAUGCCGCCCUCUGUGGCCGACUCGCUCAGACAGGGCCGCACGAUGGACGCCAGUCAGUCCAAUUCUUCCGUCUGUUCUCCGAAAGGAGCCUUCUUCAGAAGAGUUCUCUGACUGCACGCUCCUCUUCACGGACAUCGUCACCUUCACGAACAUCUGCGCAUUGUGCACGCCCUACGACGUCGUCACGCUCCUCAACGACUUGUAUCUUCGUUUCGAUCGUCUCGUCGGAUUGGUUUGUUCUAUUCACUCACGAAAAUUGAAUUCUAUAAAAUUCUGAAAGUGGUGAAUACUAAAGUAAAUCUUCUUUUUCCUUCUUUUUCCUACGCCUUCGUACCGCUUGAGCGACGCCGGCGCCCCAAGUCGAUUGGCCGAAGCGCUAUCCUGAUAUCAGUGAUAAUCAGUGAACUGGCUCUAGUGACAUAUUCGUCUUUUUUUACUCCCAACAUUUCUUAAGCCCCGUGGUUGGUUGGGUCGCGACGGAGAUCGAACUUUUGACCCUCGUAGACAAGCGCACAACCUGUUGCGCUACGGCGCGCCCCGAAUACUUGAGAAAAUGAAGUGCAUUUGAAAUUUAGUUCUAAAAAAUUUUAAAUCAAAGCGAUUUUCAUGUCUGUUUGUUUUCUUUUGAAGUCCUUCAUUUUAUCGAUGACUUCUUCGUUUUAAAAAGGCAAAAAAAAACGAAAAUUGCUCAAUUUUCGGUACUGAUUAGACAUAGCGGGAAUUUUUUUGUUGAGCAAUCUAGCUGAGAAGAUUCACUGUUCCCAAGAAAAAAAAAGCAUUCGUUUCAUUUUUCGACGUUUUUUUCUAGCACGACGCCUACAAAGUGGAAACAAUCGGCGACGCCUACAUGAUCGUCGGCGGCGUGCCUGAACACUGCGACAAUCACGCAGAGCGAGUUCUCAACAUUUCUAUCGGUAUGCUCUUUUCGAGUGAAGAUUGUUGUCGAUUUCGAAAAGUUAUCGGCUUUAUAUUUUCUUUUAUCGUGACUUUGAAACUUUUUACUUUCUAUAUUUAAUAUUAAAUUUCAACGGCAUUAUUAUUUUCCAUGAAUGCUAGGGCAACUGUGAACAGAGAAGCCAGACUGUUUCAAGAUAUAGAGACAAUUGAUUCUUCAACCGUUUCACAGACAUCUUCCCCUAAUUCCCAUGCUCAAAAAUUGAAGGAAUGUUGAUGGAGUCGAAACUUGUCCUCUCGCCGAUCACCCACAAGCCCAUCAAAAUGCGGAUCGGCGUCCACAGUGGUCCCGUCGUCGCAGGCGUCGUCGGCAUCAAAAUGCCGCGGUAUUGUCUUUUCGGCGACUCGGUCAACACCGCCAACAAGAUGGAGUCCAACGGCGUUCAGUGCAAGAUCCACGUCAGCGAGUCUGCCAAGGUCAUUCCUACCUUCUAAAAGAUUUUUGCAUUUUUUCUCAAUCCUAAACUUUUGAAAAUGGGCUAAAAAGAUCCUAGGAGUCUCUAAAUGCACGACUUUCAUUAAGAGUAGCCCACUAUCCUAGAUAAUCUUGAGACAAUAAGAUAUUCGAGCUUCUUUUUCGAUUAAAAAUUAAAAAAAGAGCAGAUUGUACUUUUAAAAAUAUUCCCAAAACUUUGAGAAGAUUACGAGUAAUAAAAAAUCAUUCGAACGUCUCAAAAUAAUAAACUGUUUUUUUGAAAGAAAAAUAAACUUUACUGGUGUUCGAAAUGCUUGACUUUUCUUUCAAAUCUAAACCCAAAAUCCAAAAUCAAAGUCUUUGAAACCCGCUAUUGUUCCUCACAUACAUUACCAAACAAGAAAAUUGCUUGAGAUUCAAUUUUUUUGGUUCAGAACAACGGACUGAAGGCGAAUCCGUGCUACGUUUUCGCUGACAGAGGCAACACAGAAAUUCGGGUGAGCCUCUCUUUCAAAAAGUUUCGAAUUUUUUCGUAGGGGAAAGGAAUAAUGUACACGUACUUCCUGGAGCGAAACGACCGGAAAAGCGUCUGGGAGAUCUGCGCCCGACCGAGAUGUGAGUUCGAGGGAGACUUGAAGUAGGGAGCGGAGAUUUGCAGCCGGAGAGCAGACGAUCGACGGCUACAUGGAACUGCACGACCAGAGCAUCUACCAGGAAGAUCCGGUCACGGUGCCGUCGUCCGCGGCCAACGGCCACGACGCCAAGGCCAAACCUGUGGUGAGCGACUCUGGAAAAAAGAGUAGAAGAAUCGGAUAAACUUGAAGAUUGACAUCGUUUCAUGGUUUUUCCUUGUUUCUGAAUGAUUUGUAAUCUUUAAGAAGCUAAUAAAUUCAUAAGAAGUCAAAAAAAAAGCUCUGGAUUUUCAAGUUUCUGCUAUUUUCCUCAGAGAACUCAAACUGCUCAUUUUCUCUGCUAAUUAAAAACUGAUUUUUUUCUUUUUAUUUAGUUUUAAAUUCACAAGAAUACGCUGAACUUUCUUCGCUUUUUAAAAUAACUCGAAAUGCGAGAAAAAGUCAUGAUCAGAGUAAUUUCCGCGAAAUGCAAAAUUUUAUCUGACUCUACAAAAAUUAGUUAUCUUUUUCUCUCUCUGAUGCCGUGUUCAAAGUGAUUCCGCGAAAUUCAAAAUAGCCGUCAGAGAAAGAGAAAGAUAACUAAAUUUUGGAGGGUCAGAGACCAUUUUGCAUUUCGCGGAAAUUACUUUGAACACGGCAUGACAGCUAUUUUGAAUUUCGCGGAAUCACUUUGAACACGGCAUGAGAUUCUAAAAGCCGAAAAGUUUUCUGGAUUCAAAAAUCCUUCUUCAUUUUUAUUGAGAAUGGUCCCUUUGGGUUCUGGUUGUGGAGUCUACGUUUGAAUUUUCGAAAGUUAGGGAGCGUUCAAAAUGAGAGGGCGGGCGUUUCUUUUUCUCUCGAAGCUCUUUUGUUUCCCAGUGCUCUCAUGCUUUCGAAGGUUCAGUUCCAACAGAGAUUUGCUAGUCAAAAUAUUUUUCAAAUGAGCGAAGGAUGUUUUUGUGGAAUGUCAGUUCGAUUCUUUGCUGUCUUGAUCCAUCCGAUGUUUCAUUCUAUUAGGUUGGCAUGAAAGAAAUGCGGCUCGUUUUUGUCGGCUUCUAAUUAAUCCAAGAAGCAAUAUUAUUUGGAAAGGUAUCUUUUGUCGAAAAGGGCUUGUCCUUGUGCGUCAUUGGAUAUAUGCCACCCUAAUAUAAUUCGAAUUCAGGCGAAUGGCAACUCGAGUGUCGAUCCCGGCAGCCAUCACAUAAGGUCGCCCACGUGUAACAUAUUAUAA